AUGGCAUUCACAAACUAUAGCAGUUUGAACCGAGCCCAGUUGACCUUCGAGUAUCUGCACACGAAUUCAACAACUCAUGAAUUCCUUUUUGGUGCUUUGGCUGAGUUAGUUGAUAAUGCAAGAGAUGCUGAUGCUACAAGAAUUGAUAUUUACACAGUGCCAAGAGAAGAUCUAAGAGGGGGUUUUAUGCUUUGUUUUCUUGAUGAUGGAACAGGAAUGGAUCCAAGUGAAGCUGCAAGUGUAAUUCAGUUCGGCCGGUCCUCCAAAAGAACUCCUGAGUCUAUUCAGAUUGGGCAGUAUGGAAACGGUUUGAAGUCUGGCUCUAUGAGAAUUGGAAAAGAUUUCAUCCUUUUUACGAAGAAGGACGAUACAAUGACAUGUUUGUUUAUGUCGCGUACCUUUCAUGAAGAAGAAGGCAUUGAUGAGGUUAUAGUUCCUCUACCUACAUGGAAUUCCAAAACAUGUGAACCGUUGACGGAUAAUAUGGAGAAAUUUGCCAUUGAGACAGAGCUCAUUUGCAAGUAUUCUCCAUUUCACUCUCAGAAGGAUGUUAUGGAACAAUUCCACAAGAUUACCGGAGAAUCAGGUACACUUGUUAUAAUUUUUAACUUAAAGCUAAUGGACUCUGGAGAACCAGAACUUGAUGUAGUUUCUGAUGCAAAAGACAUUCAGAUGGCUGGGACUCCUCCAGAAGGAAUGAAACCUGAGCGGCAUUCAUUUCGAGCAUAUGCUGCUGUCCUUUAUAUUGAUCCAAGGAUGAGAAUCUUCAUCCAUAACCACAAGGUUCAAACAAAACGGUUAUCUUGUUGCCUUUACAAGCCUAGAAUGUAUAAGUAUACAUCAAAUCGAUUUAAAACACGGGCGGAGCAGGAGGUGAAGAAAGCAGAACAUAUGGCCAAAAUUGCGGAGGAAAAAGCACGGGAAGCAGAGAGCAAAGCACGAGCUAUGGAGUCUCGACUUGGAGAUGACUUGUCUCGGGAAUCAAGGGCUGCUCUAAGACAAGUGCAGAAUGCUGCAAUUACAAUCCGUCGGGAGGCAGAUGUCAAGAAACGAAUUAAGGAAGCUAAGCAAAGGGCCCUAAAAGAACCCAAGGAGCUGAACUUUAUAUUUGGUGUGAAUAUUGAACAGCGGGAGUUGGAUGGCAUGUUUGUGUACAACUGCAGUCGGUUAAUUAAAAUGUAUGAGAAAGUUGGCCCUCAGCUGGAGGGAGGAGCGGCCUGUGGAGGAGUAUUAGGAGUAGUUGAUGUCCCCUAUCUUGUCCUGGAACCUACACACAACAAACAGGAUUUUGCAGAUGCAAAGGAGUACAAACACCUUUUGAAAGCUAUGGGGGAGCACUUGGCACAGUAUUGGAAAGACAUUGGUAUAGCUGAGAAAGGAAUUGCAAAAUUCUGGGAUGAAUUUGGUUAUAUAUCGGCAAACUGGAAUCAACCCCCAUCGUCAGAGUUAAGGUAUAAAAGAAGACGAGCAAUGGAGAUCCCAACCACUAUUCAGUGUGAUCUGUGUUUAAAGUGGCGAACGCUUCCGUUCCAGCUGAGUGCUGUGAAUAAAGAAUAUCCUAAUACAUGGGUCUGCCGUAUGAAUUCUGAUGUAGAACAGGAUAAGUGUGAAGCUCCUGAGUUAAAACAAAAACUUCCUAUUGGAGUCCUUAAAAAAGAAGUUGUGACACAAGAGGAGAAGAAAAAGCAUCUGAGCGAGAAGAUCAAACUUCAGCAGGAGAAGCUGGAAGCACUAGAGAAAAUAUCAACGGUGCGUUCAAGUGCAGACAUAAAGAAGCUUCCUUUGGAGAUUAGCACACGUCCAUCAGAGCCACCUGUGCCGUCAAGCCGUUCACUAAGACCAAAAUCACCACCUCUUCCAGCAGUAUUGAAAGAAGUUAAACCACCUCCAACUCCAUCACCACGAAUCAGCAAUGCAGUAAAGAAAACUGAUUCAUUACGAGUGCAAAACAGUGAAAGAGCCAGCACAUCAAGAGCUCACUCCCAACCUACUGCCAUCAAAACUAACAACACUACUAAAAACAUCAGCAAAAUAGUACCAACUGUGAAAUCCUCACCAUCCAUAUCAAAACCUAGUUUUCUGCAACCUACUCGCUCUUCAAAACCCACACUACUGUCCUCACCAAACUUGAAAUCUUCCAAGUUCGUUCCAGCAAAGAAACCUGUUAGAAGUAAAAGCCCUGUGAUUACCAGUGUGAGAAAGAGAACCUCCCAACAGAUAGUAGUUGAAGAAGACGAGGAGGAGGAAGAUAUUGUCUCAACCCCUAAACCUGAGAAGCCAAAACGAUCAAAGCCAGCGGACAUGAAAGAGCUGAAUGAAGUAGAGGUGAAGCAGGCUAAAGCUUCAAUAUCUGACUCUCACGUAUCAUUAGAACCUUUGAAGCGGACAGACAGUCCAGAUGCAGAUGUCCUUGUGUCUACUAAAGCUGCACAGAAAGAUAAAGGCUUGCAUGUGGAAGUGCGCGUAAACAAAGAGUGGUUCACAGGGCGUGUGACUGCUGUAGAAUCUGGAAAACUGGGUGUUCGCUGGAAGGUGAAGUUUGACUAUGUACCCACAGACACAACUCCACGUGAUCGAUGGGUGGGGUAAAAAGGUAGUGAUGAUGUAAGACUCAUGAGGCCACCAUCACCAGAACAUCAGACACCUGGUACACAGGAAGCUGAACCCUCUACCUCUGACAACAGCAGGAUAGAACCUGACACAACAGAAGCUAGUGCUAGCCUUGCACCAGUGGAACAACUUGCACAGGUUUUAAGGAACUGCUUAAGAUAUUUCUUGCCACCCAAUUUUCAUAUAACCAAGAAUGAACUGAGCACAAUGAGUGCCGAAGAUCUUAUAGCCUUUCCGUUGAAGGAAUACUUCAAGCAGUAUGAAGUGGGUCUACAGAAUUUGUGUAACUCAUAUCAGAAUCGAGCUGAUCUCCGUGCUAAAACCAGUGAAGACCUCCAGCGUAACACAGAAAAUAGGUUAAAAGAAUCUGAGGAGAAACUACAGAGAUUAAGAACAAACAUUGUGUCACUGCUGCAGAAAGUUCAAGAGGAUAUUGAUAUAAAUACAGACGAUGAGCUGGAUGCUUACAUAGAAGACCUAAUAGCAAGAGGAGACUGA